AUGAGCCAUUUCAAGCACUCUCUCGCCCUAAUAAUCGCGAUCUACAUCGCGUUUUUGGGGUCAUCAAGAGCUAGCGGCAUUGGGAUAUUCCAAAGCUACGAAGUUCACAUGAUCAACAACAUCGUGAACAGCACAGAUGAGCUGCUCGUCAGCUGCAAAUCUGCAGAUGAUGAUCUGGGAGAGCAUUUCUUGGAUAAUGGCGAUGAUUGGAGUUGGAAAUUUAGGGUUAAUUUCUUCAGAUCAACUCUGUUUUUCUGCCAUUUGCAGUGGGGAGAUUUGCGGAAGAGGUUUAAUGCAUUUGAUACUGAUAAUAUAAGCUAUCAGUGUGAGGAGACCUCCACAUGUUUCUGGAGUUACCUUAUUGUAAAGAAUAAUGCAAGUUGA